UUCAAAUCUUGUCUCUUUUGCUCCCACUUGUCUCUGGAAUUUUUGUUUCAGAGCUUAUUUUUUCGCGAGACUUCCCAGUCGUCGUCCCAGUAGAAUUUUCGCACUAUUCCAUCCUCUUCAGUCUUCACUAGCUUUCAACAUUUUCUCAGGCUAGAACUCCCCUCUUCGUUUAUCAGGAGGGUUAGAAAAGAAAGCAGAGAUUUUUGAAGGAUAUGAAGAUGAAGGCUGCUUGGUAGAAGAAGCAGAUGUCAUUUGCCUGCUGCCUGCCAAUUGUUGAAUGUGUGUACUGUUUGGGCUGCGCCCGUUGGGCCUGGAAGAAGUUCCUUUACACAGCAGGCCGGGAAAGCGAAAGCUGGGCCCUCUCUUCUGCCGGUGAGUUCGAGCCCAUUCCCCGGCUUUGCCGGUAUAUUCUCUCCGUCUACGAAGACGAUCUCGGAAACCCUCUCUGGGCUCCUCCGGGAGGAUAUGGCGUUGACCUUGACUCCAUAGUCGCCCGGAGAAGCUACGAUGACACUCAAGGUAAAGUAGCUCCGUACAUGAUAUAUCUCGAUCACGAGAAUGGAGAAAUCGUCGUCGCCAUUAGAGGUCUUAAUUUGGGCAAGGAGAGCGACUAUCUCGUCCUGCUCGAUGACAAAUUAGGGCAGGCUGAAUUUGACGGCGGGUUCGUUCAUAACGGGCUGUUGAAGUCGGCUCAAUGGGUUGUGGAGAAGGAUUCGAAGCUUUUGGGGGAACUAAUUGUGAGGUUUCCGAACUACGCCUUGACUUUGGCCGGGCACUCUUUAGGGGCAGGCGUGGUGACCAUGCUGGCAAUGUUGGCUGUGAAGAACAGGGAGCGGCUUGGCUACAUAGAGAGAAGAAGGAUCAGAUGCUUCGCUAUCGCUCCUGCAAGGUGUGUGUCCCUAAAUUUGGCUGUCAGAUAUGCCGACAUUAUCAGUUCUGUUGUAUUGCAGGAUGAUUUCUUACCUCGGACAACUGUAGGACAGGACAAUGCAUUCAAGUCACUUUUCUGUUUACCAUGUGUACUCUGCAUAAUGUGCUUGAAAGACACGUUCACUAUGGAGGAGAAGAAGCUUAAAGAUCCUAGACGCCUCUACAUACCUGGUCGUCUUUAUCACAUUAUUGCCAGAAAACGGUUCAGCUCCGCGGAGAUACCACCUGUUGUCAGGACGUGCAUACCUGUGGAUGGCCGGUUUGAGCACAUUGUUCUCUCUUGUAACAUGAUGACUGAUCAUGCAAUUAUUCGUAUAUUGGCUGAAGCACAAAGGACACUUGAUACAAUGUUGGAGAGAGAAAAUGCAAUGUCUAUUCCCAUGCCACAGAGAAUGGAGCGACAGGCAUCUCUUGCAAGAGAGCAUAUGGAGGAACACAAGGCAGCAUUAAAGAGGGCAGUCGCACUGAAUGUUCCCCAUGCGCAUUCACCGUCUUGUUAUGGUACUUUUCAUGAACUUGGACAAUGAGAGGAUUCUGGCAUAUCUCAGUAGUUACUAGUUGGAUGAUUUGGCCUGAAGCUUUGCUGAGAUGGUAGACUGGCAAAAAUGGUAUUAGAAGUCCAUAUACCCCUUGGACUAUAGAAGAGCAUGAUCAUAGCCAGGGAUGGAUUUAGG